AUGUUGCCAACAAUCGAAGAAGAUACAUGCCGGGAUAGUUCUUGUUAUCCAGAAACCGGUAAUCUUUUGAUCGGUAGAAAACAUCGAUUAAGUGCAACAUCUACCUGCGGUCUAAGAGGGAGACAGAGGUACUGUAUCGUAUCCCAUCUGGAAGAGCAAACAAAAUGUUUCUAUUGUGAUAGUAGGACAGAAUGGCGGCCGUCUGGUGAUCCAUACAGGCUGAGUCACAGGAUAGAGAAUGUUGUAUCUGAAUCGUACGAGGAACGUACACGAAAUUGGUGGCAGUCUGAAAAUGGUGUACAGAACGUUUCAAUCAGGUUUGAUCUAGAAGCUGAGUUCCACUUUACCCAUCUGAUCAUGACUUUUAAGUCUUUUCGACCGGCAGCAAUGAUUAUCGAGCGGUCUGCAGAUUUUGGUAAAACAUGGAAACCAUAUCGUUACUUUGCAUACGAUUGUGCCAAUACGUUUCCAAAUAUUCCACCUGGGCCUCCACAAAAGCAUACCGAUGUGAUCUGUACUCGUAAGUACAGUGAAGUCGCUCCAUCUACUGGAGGUGAGUUAGUAUAUAAAGUUAUUUCGCCACAUAUACCAACUGAGGAUCCAUAUGCAAAGGAAAUUGCCAACUUGUUGAAAAUUACCAAUCUUCGACUCAAUUUUACUAAACUGCACACUCUUGGUGACGACCUCUUAGAUUACAGGCCGGAAAUUGAUGAGAAGUAUUAUUAUGCUGUUUACGAAAUCGUUGUCCGCGGUUCAUGUUCUUGCUAUGGUCACGCACAACGCUGUAUUCCAAUUGAAGGCGUCGCCGUUUCAAAUCGACCGGAUAUGGUACAUGGUCGUUGUGAGUGUACUCAUAACACAAAAGGAUUGAACUGCGAAAGUUGUAUGGAUUUCUUCAAUGAUCUUCCUUGGAGACCGGCAAUAGGUGAAGAAACUCAUGAAUGCAGAAGAUGUAACUGUAACAAUCAUGCAGCUACUUGCCAUUUUGAUCAGAAGCGAUACGAAGAAUCAGGUAACGUGUCUGGGGGAGUAUGUGAUAACUGUCGAGACAACACUCAAGGCCAACACUGCGAAGAAUGUAUACCAUAUUACUACAGAAACCCGCGUGCAGAGAUACACGACAGAGAUGCCUGCAUUCCAUGUAACUGUGACAAGUCUCUCACGUCCUUGUGGGCAUGA